AUGGAGGCAAUUCAAGACAUCAUUUUAGGGAUUGAUUUAGGAACAACGUCUGUUAAAAUAUGCUUACUAAACGAAGAAAAUCGUAAAGUGAUUUAUUCAACAACAGCUGAGACCAAUGCUGAUGUACCGUCGGAUAAUGAAAAUGGUAGCGAACAAAGUGUGCAGUUAAUUUUGCAAGCUGUCCAAAAAGCGAUGUUAGAUAUACCUGAUUUGUAUAAGAGUAAAGUCAAGGCUAUUGGAGUUUGUGGUCAGAUGCAUGGUUGCUUGUUAUGGCAGUCAGACAGUUGCUGGGAGAUCACGAAAGGAAACUACGAGUCUAUUCAAGUCACCAACUGCACUCCUUUGUACACCUGGCAGGACGGGCGAUGUGAUACGCAUUUCUUGCAAAGUUUACCUUCGAGUCAGUCCACGGUGAAAAUUGCCACAGGAUUUGGUUGUGCAACGUUGUUUUGGCUGUUAAAAAAUCGACCUCAGCUAAUCGGUCAAUUUGAUCGUGCAUCAACAAUUCAAGAUUUUUUGGUUUGUAUUCUAUGUCAUACCAACAAAGUUGUUAUGUCUGGUCAGAAUGCUACAAGCUGGGGUUAUUUUGAUCCUAUUCGAAAUUGUUGGGAAACAGAAGUUCUUGAGCCAGCUUCUUUUCCAAUAGCGCUCUUACCUGAGGUAUCAGAUGCAGGUGAGAAAGCUGGCUAUUUGCAACAAGCGAUGUGGGGUUUGAAAGCUGGCAUACCAGUGAGCGUAGCAAGUGGCGAUAUGCAGUGCUCUAUAUAUUCUGCUCUGAAAGAUAAUACGGAUGCAGUCAUGAAUAUUAGUACUUCAGCUCAAUUGGCAUUUGUGGCAAGUCAUGCGUUUAUUCAGGAUAAUUUAACCGUUAUUCCAGCUAGUAUUCAAAUUCAACCUUUCUUUCAAAAAUCCUUUAUCUCUGUUGCUGCAGCUCUAAAUGGGGGCAAUGCUUUAGCUGCAUUUGUUGACAUGUUGGCAAGCUGGAUGAAGGAUUUAGCAGUUGUUGAUAUACCAAAUAAGGAAGAAUUAUUUGAUAGAAUACUGAGGUUAGCCUCUUCUGUAGAAUCUGUACCGUCGUUAAAAAUUGAACCGAUAUUAUUGGGUGAGAGGCAUGAUCCAAAGCGCAGAGGUUGCGUUUCACACAUUACACCGCAUAAUUUGCAAUUGUCUAAUGUUGCCAAUGGCCUCUUAUAUGGAAUUAUUCAUAAUUUAAAUGAUAUGAUGCCUGGUGAGUUUCUGCGAAAGGCUGGAAUACGUCGUAUUGUUGGUAGUGGACGGCUGCUGGCUUCUCAUGCGUUCAUUCGUGAUAUUGUUGAAAGUCAAUUUCACCUACCUGUAACUAUAGGGGCAACUGGCGAUGCAGCAACAGGUGCAGCAUUAGCUGUGAUGCUAACAAGGCGUUAA